CAUUUCCCCAUCUAUCUCGUUCUCGGCCUGCGGCCCCAGGCACUUACAGAGCGUCACGCAUCUGGCUCGAAACUCCGUUUCCCAUACUGAACAACUUUCCAGUGACUUUCAGCUGUUCAACACCCUAUUACCCUCGAGCCAACUAAUGUCAUUCUCGACUCGACAUCUCCGGAAUUUCCAGCCUCCUUCUUCGGUCUCCAGCAAUCAAGUCUGACGCUCACAUGCUCUGCUUGAUCAAUCAUAAACGCCCAAGGUCAAGGAAUUAAUUUUAGAAGCCUGCCACUCAGACGGAAGGUCUUGCCACUGGUCCAGCGCGCAAUGAUACUGCGGUAGGAGCGACACUCAUAUCGCCAUGGCGGUGUAUGCAUCCUCAUCCUCCGUAUCCUCCCAUACCACUUCCACCUCGGCCAGCGCUCGAAGCAGUUGGACCGAUCCACGAGAUUUCGCCCCAGGCCCCGGCUCGGGCGCUGGAAAAGUCUACGCUCACAUCAAGGACAUCAUUCAAGAUGCCACUACUUCCUUCCAAGUAGACGGUUCGCUCCCUCAGUAUCUGCACGAAGUCGAAAGUUCCACCACUGUGGCAAAAAGCUCGGUCGACUUUGGCCGUCACGAUUUGGCCUACAAGAGUUAUAUGCGGGCAUAUGAAAUAGCAGUUAAUCACAUUCCAAGACACAAGGAGUUCGGAUUCUGGGAUAACAACCCAGUGUGGCGAGCAAAGUACAAGGCUGCUCUUCAGAGACUGGUAGAGAUGGAGGGAGAGAUGACUCGGAUCAAAGCCCUGAUUGAGGAUAACAACGCCCGUUAUGGGACUCAACCACAGUCUCGCACAAUGCCUAGAAAACCAGUCUACUCUACAGGGUUUGGUAUCCCUCAAAAUUUGAUUCCUGGCCGACCAACCUCUUCUGGCAGCAACGAUGCCCCUCUGCGUUCGACUUCGCCAAAUUCAUCUGCAGAGCUACCUGAUUCCCUCCGAAUCCCCCGGGCACGUCCUUCAAGCAAACCCAAACCCGAGAAUUUGCAAGGUCGACCUUUGACAGAAGCGGCCAACGAUCUGACCCAGCGAUUCGCGAAGCUCAGGGGCCCGGGAAAUGCAACGGAACACUCGAACUUAUUGUUCAUGCCUAAAGCGGGGGAUUUCCAGCAUGGAGCAGGAUAUAACUCACAAUCACAUUCCAACGAUGCGUCGACCUCGCGAACCAGCGCAUCCCGAGCGAUUCCUGCUUUCAGCAAUGGACCUAUCGUCCCACCAAAAGUGCCAGCUGCACCGCCCAAGGUCCCCAUUGAGACUUCCAUGGCCUUGCCAAAGCCUCCUAGUCCUACUUACAGCCCGAUUAACACGACGACGGCCAAUUUCCAUGCAAACAACCAUCGACUUUCGGCUGAAGUGGGCCGUCCGCCCUCGGAGAGGAAGCAGACUUACUACAAUCAAUCGCAGAAUUCAUCCACAGCCUCAUUGCACCUGCAAAGGACUCGCGACGAGCUCUCUGCCCCGUACCGACCAACUACUCCCAAUGGAGUCAAUUCUGCCAUCCCCCCUAAAAACAGCUCGAGUGAUCUCCCUCAUCAAACGUCGAUCGAUGCCGCGACUCUUCAGGACUACAUGAGGAGAUACAACGUUUUACUUAUUGACAUCAGAGAGAGGGCUUUGUUCGAUGAUGGGCACAUCAUGUCUACAUCGAUUAUUUGUAUUGAACCGAUCUCUUUGAAGGAGGGUGUCUCGGCAGAGGAACUAGAGGACCGACUCGUACUGGCGCCGGAUAAUGAACAGUCACAUUUUUCUCGCAGAGAUGAAUUUGAUGUGGUUGUUUAUUAUGACCAGUACACAAGCGACGUCUCCUACCUUAAGGGUCCACCCACAAUGACUAAGGCUCCGGCAUUAAGAGCACUCUAUGAUACAUUGUACGAAUUCAACGACACGAAGCCCCUCAAGGACGGCCGACCGCCUGCGUUACUGGCCGGCGGGCUUGAUGCUUGGGUAGAUUAUAUGGGAGUUCAAUCACUUGCGCGGUCACGAACUGCUGCCACAUUGGGUAUCACACGCCAAAGGCCCGUCGGUCCUGGUAGACCUAUCGCACGACAGCGCAUGGUUUCUGCCAAUUCUCGUUAUGAGGUCCGGAACAGGCGUCUUCGUGACCACAAAUUUCUGGAUGAGAGCGAGCAAGAGGCGUGGCGUCAGCAGGCUAUGCAGGAAGAAGUGACCCCGAUCGAGAAACACGACACCGCAAGCGAUGAGGAAUAUUCGGUGGUGGAGGAAGAGCCCGAGCCUCCGUCGCCAUUCAUUCCCGACUAUGAGACAUUCUUGCGGCGGUUUCCAUCAAUUCAACAGCAGGAGUCCAUGGUUAUGCCUGCUAGACGACCUGUUCCCUCUCAUCACGCCGCCUUUGUUCCUCAAAUUGCACCACCUCCCGUUCCCCAAGUACCGGCAAGGCCUGCUCCCGCCAUACCGAGGCCGAGUUAUUCGGGCCACUCGGAUAUCAAUGCGCCCCAACCAGCGCUGGCUAGGGUGACGUCCGCCACUCGGCCACCUCUUUAUUCAACCGUAACAUCCCUUCGCAGACGGCUACCCAAGACCGGCCUGACGAAUUUCGGGGUAACCUGUUACAUGAAUUCCACUCUGCAAUGUCUGUCUGCGACUAUUCCCCUGUCAAACUUCUUCAACGAUCGGCUCUAUGAGGGGUAUGUACAGCGCAACUGGAAGGGUAGUAAUGGCAUCAUGCCCAAACUCUAUGCCAACUUGAUCCAAGCAGUCUGGCAGGGAGAUAAUGAGGUGAUUAAACCGUCAACUUUCCGAAACUUCUGUGGCCGUAUGAACCGAGAAUGGGUGAUCGACCGACAGCAAGACGCAAAAGAAUUCUUCGACUUCCUGGUCGACUGCCUCCACGAGGAUCUCAAUGUCAACUGGGAACGGACGCCUCUUCGGCCUUUGACAACGGCAGAGGAAAUGCAAAGAGAGAGGAUGGAGAUUGCACGAGCCAGUCCAAUCGAGUGGAAACGCUACGAGCACAGAGACCAUAGUUACAUGUCUUCUUUGUUUGCCGGUCAACAUGCCUCGCGCCUGCGUUGUCUCACUUGCAAACGCACUUCGACUACAUAUGAAGCAUUCUACAGCAUCAGCGUAGAAAUCCCUCGAGAUCGUGCGGGCCACAUCUAUGAUUGUCUUUCCUCAUAUUGUCGAGAGGAGAAACUGUCGGAGCUUUGGCGAUGUCCAUAUUGCAAGUGUGAGCGUGAAGCCACCAAGCAAAUCAUCCUUACUCGCCUACCGCAGUUUCUGGUGAUACAUUUCAAACGAUUCGCCGCAUCAAAGCACGAAAAGGCCAAGAAAAUCCACACCCCGAUCGAAUUCCCAUUGCACAAUCUAGGCAUGGAUGAUUUUGUGAUCCCGCGAUCUCCCGCGCUACCGGACCAGGACGGGCGUCUGAAUAUGGAGCUUGCAACGACACCACCCUACACGUAUGAUGCAUACGGGGUUCUAAGACACCUAGGAAACAGCGGUGAUGGAGGACAUUAUAUCUCCAUUGUGAAGGAUCAGGGGCGGGGGGUGUGGAGGAAAUUCGAUGACGAGAGGCAUGUUGAUUUGGACCCGAUGAAAUUAAGCCCGAGGGACAGGUUGCAGAACGGGGAGGCGUACAUCGUGUUCUACCAGAGAGCGCAGGGUCGAUGAUCGACGUCCGGCUGCCAAUAGUUGGGAAGAGAUAGUGGCGGCAUUGGCUCCUUUUCUUGUGGCACGUUCGAGCAAGCGAAGCUUUUCUCCAUGAAUAGUGUGGAUUGGUAUUUGGCUGUAUACGUCUUGACGAGACGGAUUUGUUGACCUUGGAGGAACGCCGUCUCCUGGAUGACCCUGCAUUCUGAAUUUUGGGACGGGAAAGUUUGACGACGACCAUGAAAAGAAUCCGAUAUGACGAAUGAAAAGUAAGGUUCUUAGUAGUAAUCCGG